AUGGAGGCGCUGGAGAUUGAAAAGUCUCACAGCCUUGAAUGUGCCAAUGAUCUUUUGAACCUUCCGCGGGAGAACCUGGCCCCACAGCAAGGGUCAAAGCUGGCCCCCUCUCGCCAUUCCUUGUCGUAUUCGAUUGAUGAGGCGCGCCCGAAAACCAGAGACGAGUUCUCUGAAUUCCAAAAUGCAAUUGUCGAAAAAAUUCGAAGCUUCAAGGAAAGUUCGAUGUACGAGCUGUUCCUUGAAGGAUGCAUUCGUAGUCUUUCUGCAGGACUUGAGCUUAACCAGCUUCGAAAGGUAACCAGUGAAAUGCAGACGCUGUUGAACCAAAGGAUUGCCGCAUCCAAGGCGCCGGUCCAAUCCUCUACGGCCACCCUUAACAAGAAGGGACAAAAGCCACGUAAGUUUGUUUGA